GCGAGGAGUAAAUAGUGUCAGUAUUUGCUCCCCGAUGGUUGGACCAUGUCGAGGCGCAAGCAAUCCAAGCCACAGCACAUCAAUUCCGACGAGCCCGGUUCGACUGAGAAUGGGGCUAUGGCAGAUGAGCAGACAGAAGCAGAGGGGCUGGAGCUGAAGAGGUGUCGCAUGGAGGAGACAAGGGUCUGUGACAAGUGCUGCGCUGAGUUCUUCGACGAGGAAGAGUUUCUUGAACACCAACAGAGUUGCACUAAGAGUCAAGAAGUGGUGAUCAUGAAAGAUGGCGGAGGGGAUGAAAUCCCUUCUGAGUUCUCCCAUGAUCUCUCCAGCGACUUCCAUAACGGUCACAGCGGUGACGGCGACGACUCCGCAGACCCCCACUCGACCUCCGGCGCGGAAGAAAGAGAGGACGAGGAGCAGGAGGCGAAAUCGAGCGCUGACGAAGAGCUUUCAACACACGCACAACAAGCCGAGAUGUCGUCGAGCUCUGACGUCAGCUACCUUCCAUCCUCCAAACACCACCACCAGGACUCCAACAAUGUCACUUUAGAAUCCAUGUCGGCCACCAAAGUCGCCGUGACCCAACAUUCGUCAUCCAGUAGCAACUCGUCCUCCUCCCUGGUUAGCUCCAAGUCUCCCCCAUCAUCGUCAUCAUCAUCGUCAUCAUCCCAGGACAUGGUCGCCGCCGCUGCCCAGGCCCUCCCCAUGAUCCUGGAACAGCUGGUGAACCUCCAACAGCAGCAGCUGCAGCAGAUCCAGCUGACGGAGCAGAUCCGGAUACAGGUAGCCAUGAUGGCUCCUCAGGCCCUGGGCGCUGCUGCAGGGAAGGCUCUGGACCCCCUGAAGGCCUUGGGUGCUCAUCUCUCCCAGCAGCUUUCUGCCGCCGCGGCCCUCAUUGGCAAACGCAACGGCACUCAGAGUUUGUCGUUGGAGGUGCUGAAACAGGGCAAACUACCUCAGACCAACGGUCUGCCUGCCUCCCUCACGCCGGGGGUGGGCUCGCUGGCUGGCAAAAACAACAUUUUGAAAGGUCUCCCAGACCUGGCUAGCCAGAUGACUAGUUUACUGCCCCAGUCUCCUGGAGGUCUGGGAUUCCCCGGGCCGUUCAACGCACUUGCAGCAGUGGGACUUGACUCUUCUAAGAAGGCCAGCGGCAAGGUCACCGGUUUGUCAUCUUCAGAGCUUAAGACUGAGACUGCAGAGCCUUCGUUUAGGCACAAAUGCAAGUUCUGUGGGAAGAUCUUUGGAAACGACAGCGCACUCCAGAUUCACUUGCGCUCACACACGGGAGAGAGGCCUUUCAAGUGUAACAUCUGUGGCAACCGAUUCACCACCAAGGGCAACCUGAAGGUCCAUUUCCAGAGGCACAAGGACAAGUAUCCCCACAUCAAAAUGAACCCCCACCCUGUGCCAGAACAUUUAGAUAAUGUUCCCACUAGCAGCGGCAUUCCUUACGGCAUGUCUGUGCCCAUGGAGGAGUCCAACUUUGUGGAUGCCAAACCAGCUCUGGGCAUGUCCUCCUCAGGCUUCCCCUCCUCUGUCUUACCAGGGUAUAAACCCUUUUUGAGUAACGACCCCUUCUCACAGCGGCCCUCUUCCUCUGGCAGCGAUGGCACCUCAAUCACCCCGAGCAACAUCUUUCAGCAAGACCAUAGCAUGGAGCAGGGUCACGAGUCCUCAGACAGCCUGGUCGGCCUGCAGCAGCACGUGAAUGGGAAGAUGCUGGGUGGUGGUGGUGGUGGUGGUGGUGGUGGCGGCGCCGACGGCGGCCUCGGAAUGACCAAGCUCCAGCAGAUGGUGGAAGGGCUGGAGAAGCGCACCAACGACCCCAACGAGUGCGUCAUCUGCCACCGCAUCCUGAGCUGCCAGAGCUCCCUCAAAAUGCACUACCGCACGCACACGGGCGAGCGGCCCUACAAGUGCAAGAUCUGCAGCCGGGCCUUCUCCUCCAAGGGCAACCUGAAGGCCCACUACAGCGUGCACCGUUCCAACACGCCGCUCAAGAUGCAGCACUCCUGCCCCAUCUGCCAGAAGAAGUUCACCAACGCAGUGGUGCUGCAGCAGCACAUCCGCAUGCACAUGGGAGGCCAGAUCCCCAACACGCCCGUACCCCAGUCCGCGCAGUUCGACGGCGCCGAGCCCAUGGACUCCAGCCUGACUGAAGACAAAUCUCUAAUGGACACAAGUGGUAACAAUCUGGAGGAGAGCCUCGAGGAGCCCCACCAUUCAGACAUGGAGCCCCAGGAGAAGGCAGAAGAUGCAUUGCCAGAACCUUCCAUGGCCCACCACCACGGUGCGCCGUCUGACAUUCCAAGAGAUGGACCGGCGCAGAUGUUCAGUGGCAUUGCGGCGUUGGAGAACCACAUGAAGAGCCUGACUGCCGCGCUCAACCUGCAGCGGCAAAGCAGCACGGCGUCGGACAGCGACUGCGGCGGCCUGAAGGACUCCCCGUCCACCAGCGCGGCCUUGGCGGAGCGGGACUACAAAAAUGGCCGCAGCCCAGCCAUGUCCGACUCCGUCUCCUUCCACUCCUCGUCGCCGGUCGACAGCCAGCUGGGAAGCAGCCAGUCCAAGUCCCCGGAGACCACUUCAGUGGACGCAGCCGCAAUGGCCAAGAAUGACUCGGAGGGUGGGCAGCAGGACCCCAGUGACGGCGCAUUGGACCUCACAUCAUCUGGCUUCAUGCCCAGAGCCAUAAAAGAGGAACCAGGCCUGCCCUACUCAAAUGGAGAAUAUGGUGCUGCCAGCAUGCCGUACAUGAGGGUGCCGCCCAGUCUGGUGAAACUGGAGAUGCAGAUACCCCCGGAGACCCCCAUGGGUGCCCACGGCCUGUACCAGAGCGCUGGCAUCCCCUCGGCGCCCUCGCUCAGCAGUGCCAACCGCCGCUCCAGCAAGCAGCACCUGUGCAACACCUGUGGCAAGAACUUCUCCUCGGCCAGCGCCCUGCAGAUCCACGAUCGCACACACACCGGCGAAAAGCCCUUCGCCUGUACCAUCUGUGGCAGGGCUUUCACUACGAAAGGAAAUCUGAAGGUACACGUUGGCACUCACAUGUGGAAUAACACGGCGAGGAGAGGGCAGCGGCUGUCUCUGGACAAUCCCAUGGCUCUCAUGGCUAUGGGCUCGGAGGCCAAGAUGAUGCCCGACAUGAUCCCGCCCCCCAAGGACAUGGUGCCACCGCCGCCGCCCAUGAGCUUCGACGCCUCUGUGUGGAACAAGUAUGCCGCCGCCUUCUCCAACGGGCUCACCAUGAAGACCAACGAGAUCUCGGUCAUCCAAAAUGGCGGCAUCCCUCUCCCAGGUACUCUCGCCGGAGGGCCACUGAUGGCCUCCCCAGGGUCCAUGAUGAAGAUGGACGGCUCGCAAACGGGUUUGCCUGCAUCUGUAGCCGAGAUGGAGAACAAUGGCUCCGACACUAUGGCGAAAGCCCAGUUUCCACGUUUCAUGGAAGAAGGCAAAAUUGCCGUAAAUUAAUUCAAGGGCCACAAUGACUGUACUGAUAUUAAGUCUCAUGCCAAAUCAUCAAAACAAAAAACUUUUUUUUUGGAUUUCACAAUUGUUAGCCGUCAAUGGCUACAGUGAAUUCCCUGGUGUGUACUGCAUUUCCUUGGCAUUUACUGCAUUUUUGGAAUAGUUUUGCUGUCUCCCACCGUAACUUGAAGAUUGCAGCUCCUCCUUGCUCUAUUUUUUUGAAGUGUUUACCCAUCAAACUGUAGUGUUACUUUUGUAGUUGAACUUGAUAUAAACUACUGUAGUUGUAUUUACUGUUUCUGUUCUCUGAUAUAUGCGGGUAUUUUUGUCUCUUUGGCUACGUCAGUCCUGUUUCUAGAAGUUGAAUGUAAGUCAUACUUGAAAUUGUUACCUCCCAAGGCAUGACAUCCAUAUAAAGUGAAGGAUUUUGAGUUUUCAGUGAUCAACUAGUUACUUAAGACCACUUCUAUGUGUCCUUGAUGUCUAAGAUUGAUUUUAAACCAGUUAGGUGCUCAAGAGUAGGUUGUAAAUUGUUGAUUUCCUUUAACUUGGGUGCCUUUAGAUAUCAGGAAAUCCUACUCAAUCAUGUCAUACGGAGGGUCUAACGUGUACAGUUCUUUCUAUUGAUGUUGAGAUCAGUCUGGAAUUCUGACUGUUGUAAACAUUGAUGCGAGAAACCUUUUUUCUACAUUAAAUUAUUUUUAUGGUUGGAGUUGAAAGUUCAUAAUCUGCUUUUGAAACCAAAUAUUCCUUUGCUAAGUGCCUCGUUGAAUAUUGUGUAUCGGUUGUGAAUGCAAGUGUACGUGUGUAUGUGUGCGCAAGAUCUCCCCUCCCCUCCUUUUUUAUUUUACAAGCACCACAAGAUUGUAAUGAAGGUUCUAUUUGAUGUGUCUGUGUGACCAAAAUGUUCUAUAUUUUUGCAUGUAGUGGUAGAAUAUCAUUGUUUUGAAGAUCUUUAUUAUUUACUGCGUCUCUAACUGGAUUCUUUUUUAAAAAAAACUUCUGCAUUUCAACUAUAAUAUAUUAGCAUUUCCCCCUUGUUCAGAUUGGUGAAUAACGAUAGGGUUGCAGCGCCUCAGUAGAUCUGAAGAUGUCCUUUUUUUUUAUUGUGAAGUUAACCAUCUGCUGCACUUUAUCUCCGGUUUUCCCACAAGGUAACACAAUUUGGAAAGGUAAACAUAAAGGCUGUUAAUUACUCCCAAUUUGGAUUCAAUAUGUCAUUUUCAGUUAUUAGUCAUCCUCAUUAUCCAUCUACACACUGGAUUUUAUUUCCCCUUCCUUUAUCAAAAGUACUCGACUCAUUGUCACAGCAGGGAGAUGCAAAUGCUAGUCCCAUUAUCAUCCCAAACCAUUUCUUUUAUUUCACUGUUAAAUACAUAGAGAUUCUUCUCCACUAUUUUUCCCCGAAGGAGAUAAAAGGCAGCAGGUCUGAUAUUUGUGUGUUUUUUGUGCGAGUGUCUUUUGUAUUUCAGUCCAAGAACCAUGGCCCUGUUCGGCAACCCCUCUACCUCAUUUUUUCCCUUCCUGCUUGGUUUUUACUGUGUUCUCACUGUUUCAGUCUGGACAACUCUGCAUAGUCUGCUUAUUUGCAUUGUACAAUAGAAUGCUUAAUAUCCCUUUUUGCCCCACGACUGCUGAAGCUCGUUUCUGUGCUGUUUUAAAAGUAUGAAUGUAAUGUGGGACACUUUGCACAUGUUGUUCAGAAUAGACCAAGACUCCCAUUGCUCCUUUCUGAUUUAAAAUAUGUAUUAUGCAUUACCAAGUUGUGCCUUUUUCAGGAUGUUACAAACUUUGUCAGAACCGGGUUAAAGGGGGUGUUGUAUUACGAUUCAUAAAUGGUGAGUCAGUUUUAGGCUUGUUUACAGUGUAGACCCUUUGUAAAUUUGUGCUUUUUUUUGUUUACCACCAUCAACUCUGCUAUUUUCAGAAUAAAAAAAAACAUGGGGGUGAAAUUGUA